UGCGAGGGUGACAGGAAACCCUGUGUAGGGUGCGCCGCCAUCUUGGACGACUCCGAGGAGGAUCCUUUCCUGAGGAAAGCUGCAGGAGCUGCCGCCGGAGUCGCCGCUGCCCCGCGCCUCCUCUUCUUCCCCCGGCAUCCUCAGCCCGCCCGAGCUCGCCCCCUUGGCCUCCCGGGGCCUAGUCCCGUGACUGUCGUUUCUCCUCCUUGGUGCCCAAGGGCCUCAUCUUCCCCUCUUGACUCUUCACGCCCCGUUCGGAAAGCUGCCCAGCCACCAGCCACCCCCCAGUGCCACAAUGGCAACUGCACCUUACAACUACUCCUACAUCUUUAAGUACAUUAUUAUUGGGGACAUGGGAGUAGGAAAGUCCUGCUUGCUUCAUCAAUUUACAGAAAAAAAAUUUAUGGCUGAUUGUCCUCACACAAUUGGUGUUGAAUUUGGUACAAGAAUAAUUGAAGUUAGUGGCCAAAAAAUCAAACUGCAGAUUUGGGACACAGCAGGACAGGAGCGAUUUAGGGCUGUUACACGAAGCUACUACAGAGGAGCAGCAGGAGCACUUAUGGUCUAUGAUAUUACUAGAAGAAGCACGUAUAACCAUUUAAGCAGCUGGUUGACAGAUGCAAGGAAUCUCACCAAUCCAAAUACUGUAAUAAUUCUCAUAGGAAACAAAGCAGAUUUGGAAGCACAGAGAGAUGUUACAUAUGAAGAAGCCAAACAAUUUGCAGAGGAAAAUGGCUUAUUGUUCCUGGAAGCAAGUGCAAAAACGGGAGAGAAUGUAGAGGAUGCAUUCCUGGAGGCUGCCAAGAAAAUCUAUCAGAAUAUCCAAGAUGGAAGCCUGGAUCUGAAUGCUGCAGAGUCCGGGGUACAACACAAACCUUCAGCUCCGCAGGGUGGACGACUAACCAGUGAACCCCAACCUCAGAGAGAAGGCUGUGGCUGCUAGUGACCUUGAUGCCAUAGUCCCAUUUCUGACUUCACCUCUGUCUGUUGGAAGCAGUACUUUUUACUGCCUCCUUGUCUUCUGUACAUCUUACUGGGUUUGAUUUAAAAACUCUGCUGAGAAAACAGGUUAACACAAUACUAAACUGCUAAACAACUUUAGAUGUAAUCAGGUCCUCAAAGGCAAGUAGAGUAAUAAACCUCUCCUGCAUGGUAAAGCUAGAAGUUUUUUUUCCCCCCCUUGAUUGUCCUUGUGAUAGAUAUGUCACCAAUACAUGAUUUAAACUGAGCACUGAUGCUGGACUCAUGAUUUUUAAACUUUUUUGCAGGGCUUUGUUUAUCUUGGACGGUUUUAAUUUAAUGGUCUCUUAAGCCUUUAUCCCCAGUUCUAACUGUUCCAAGUAUGUCCAUUAUAACAGAUAAAUUUAUUUGCUGUGAAAUGACUUCUGACAGAAGGAAAGGGGUUCUGUAACUGCAUUUUUUUGUUGGAGAAAUUUCCCUGUUGGGUGGGUGUUCUAUUUUUUUUUUUCUUGCAGGGGUAUGUACGUUUACUUCUGUCUUAGCCUAGCACAGGGAAAAUAUCCAUUUAUCUUUUUCUUGUGCUCAAUAGCUUUAGCUCUUCCUCCCAACCCAUUUUAUCUUUAUCUUUGUUAAUGGAACGUAAAUAUGUAUAAAAUUUGAAGGAACUGAACUAACAAAUACAUUCUGUGUAUAUGAUUUUAAUGAAGAAAAUAAAUUGAUUACUGGCAUUAGAACAGUAUAUAAUAAAAUACCAGUUUGUACAGUAUCACUUAUAUGUGACCAUGUUCCUCCUAUUUUUCCAUUUAACACAAGGAAACAGACACAACUGCAUUUCAUUAAGUGAUAUUGGCUUAAAUUCCUUAUCCCUGGCAGUUUUUGGAGCAUUCAUUUGCUGGCAGGGGGACAUUGUACUGGGAAGAGCUCCCAAUUCAAAAGGAUUAACACUAUCAGAAUUUAACGAUUGCUGCCUUUGUUCCAUCUCUGCACUAUGGUAUAUCUGUUGUUCUCUUAACCCUGUUCCUGUGCAAUCAACAAUGUGCUAACCUGCUUUUCUCUUUUGUAAACAUUUUUGCAUUAUUGGGCUGCAUUUCCUGCCUUACUGUAUAGGGAAAAAAAAAAGGCUGGGUUUAUUAUUGCACAUUUUAAGCUUUUAUACCUUUAUCUUUUUGGAGUGGUCAGUUUCUGAACUGGACAGCCAGACUGGCAGGUCUGCUCUUUGGAAAUUUUAAACUGUGCAUUUUUAACACUACGGUGAAAUCAUUUCAGUCAUAUGAUCCCUCUUAUUUAAAGCUUUGAGGGCCAUUUUAUGCCAUGUUGGCAUAAGUAGUUUUGUAAAAGGGAAAGUAUUUCUAAUAGUGUUUCAGUGCAUAUACUGACAGGAUAAACUUUACACUAGCUAGUUUGGCCAAUCAAGUGUUUCCCUUCUGUGGACUAAUUUAAAAUUUGUUUUAUGUAAAGAAAGCUGGGAUGCAGUUAUUUUUUUUUUUAAGACUGCUGGGUAAACUUUGGCCUGUUAGAAAUAAUGCAUUUAGUAAAACUGCAGUGUUUCAAGUACACAUUUUAAAUUCCUGUUGCAGACAAGUAAGGUGAAUUCUCUAUUUGUCAGAAUUGUAAAAACACGGUGGUACUAGAAUAUUGUAUAGUCAUUGUUAAAAGCCAAAACUGGAAUGUGCAGAUGAUAGGAUUUGGAUAAUUUUAUGCACUGUCCGUUUUUUUGUUUAUUUUUGUCUUUUUUUAAAAACAAAACAAAACAGCAUAAGAUUCCUGUUGUAGAUUGGUGAAUACAGUCGAAUUUACAGUUGCUCCAUUUUGCCGAAACAGUUGCACAUAAGGGGUUCACCCAGGGACCAUGACCUACUGGUAUAUAUAAAUAUAUAUGUGUGUGUAUGUGUGUGUUGCACACACACAUACACACACACACACACACACACACACACACACGCCCCCUCUGGGAUAUAAGGUAGAAAUCACGAUCUAAAGAUUACAGCUUGUUCAGGUGCGAUACCCUGACUCCCAAAGUUAGUUGCAGUGGGUCUUAAUUGUUUCUGUGACAGAAGGAUUUGUUCAGACUGCUGUACUCUUCAUUUGAUGUAACAAAAUGCUAUUAAUCUAAAUAUUUGUAAAUAAAGUACCUGUAUCUAGAUUAAA